AUGGUGGACGAGGAAUUAAGACAACUGAAGGCAGUUUGCGGCCCGUCCGGCUCUCACGGCCCCUCAAGAGUCAACGUCCAGCUCAAUUGUCUGUCUUUAAGAAAAACGUUGAAAGUCAGCACGUCCAAAGACAAGACGGCGGCAUCUCCACGGCGAAGCAGAGGACCGAACGAUUCCUCCAAUCUGGAUACCUCGAUCCAGAUCGUCGCCAUCUCCUUCGGAGUCUUCCUCGUCCUCUACCUCGUCAUCCACUACUCUCGCCCGUUACUCGAGUGGUGGCGCCCGUCCCCCGCCGUAGCCGGCGCUCGCCCCCGGAGGCCGAAGACCACCGGGCUCGACUCCUCCGCCAUCGCGUCGCUCCCCUCCUUUCCCUACCGCAGGGGCAUCGAUGGCGCCGCCGCCGGGGGCCUCCCGAUGCCGGCGCCAGACUGCGUGGUGUGCCUGAGCGCGCUGCAGGACGGGGAGAUGGUGCGGGCGCUGCCGGGCUGCACGCACGUGUUCCACGCCCCCUGCGUCGACUCGUGGCUGCAGAAGCACUCCACGUGCCCCACGUGCCGCGCCGACGUCCACCCGCCGCCGCCGGUCCGAGCCGGCGCUGUUGUUCUUGACCUCGGUGAGACGUCGGGAACGAAGAAGGCCGAGGAGGGAUCCACGUCGGCGAUGUAAUCCAUGCGCUCAAUGAAUUCGUAAAUUGUAAUAAUUUAUAGAAUUUAGUUCAUAGCAAGCAUAAAGUGUUAAUCUGUUCCUUCGAAUCGAAUCUUAAACUGUAUUAUAUUGUUAUAAGAAAGCUUGGUGAUAUAUCGA